UAGUACAUAAAAAAUACAAAUCAUAAUGUCAUAUGUCACCUUGUUUUUUUAAUUAAAUAAUACCAAUGUCACCUCAUUUAACCUAUCUUUUUAAUCCCCUUUCUAGCAUAAUAAUAAUAAUAAUAAAGAAAACUAAUCUUAAUUCAAUACAAAUUAAUAUAAUUUAGUUCAUUAGUCUUAAUCGAUUAACCUCAUAAUUUUAUACAAAGUGUUUGUAUUGCACGUGCCAGAAGCCCAGUUGGUAUGAAAGAAGUAAUAUAGAAGUUGACAUGACACUUUGAACAAGUGUUUCUCUUGUCAUUUAAACCCCUCUCCUCCACUUCUCAACUUCAUUAAAAAAAAUCAAACACCUUAAACUUAUCUCCCUUAUCUUUCUCUAGCUUAAAUUCUUAGCUCCAUUUACACUCCAAAGAAAAUUUGUAUUAACAAACAUUGCAUGCUUAAAUCUUUAGCAAUGCAAACACUUAUUACUCUUCCACCUUCUAAUCAAAAACUCUCAUUGUUUGAUACAUCAAUUCUCAAACAUGAACAUAACAUUCCAACCCAAUUUAUAUGGCCAGAUGAUGAAAAACCAUGCUCGCAACCGCCUCCGGAGCUCGAGGUUCCUCCCAUUGAUCUAGGAGGGUUCCUCUCCGGAGACCCGGUGGCGUUGUCAAAUGCAACUAGACUUGCUAAUGAAGCCUGCGAGAAGCAUGGCUUCUUCUUAGUUGUCAACCACGGCGUAAAUUCUAAGCUCCUAGACAAAGCACAUGAACUUAUGACUCAAUUUUUCGAAAAGCCGAUUUCACACAAACAGAGAGCUCUUAGGAAACCUGGUGAUCAUUGUGGCUAUUCUAGUAGCUUUGUUGGAAGAUUUACUACUAAGUUGCCUUGGAAAGAGACUUUUUCCUUUCGAUAUUCGGCUGAUGAUAAGGCUUCAAAUAUGGUUGAAAACUAUGUUUUGAACUCAAUGGGGACUGAGUUUCAAGAAUUUGGGCGGGUGUACCAAGAAUAUUGUAAGGCUAUGAGCAACCUUUCUCUUGGUAUCAUGGAGCUCUUGGGAAUGAGUCUAGGAGUUGGAGGAAACUAUUUUAGGGAAUUUUUUCAAGAGAAUAACUCAAUAGUGAGGCUAAACUACUAUCCACCUUGCCAAAAGCCUGAUAUAACUCUUGGAACAGGACCUCAUUGUGAUCCCACGUCGCUAACAAUUCUUCAUCAAGAUCACGUAGGAGGCCUUGAAGUGUUUGUCGAUGAUAAAUGGUGCUCCAUUCGUCCUAAUCCCGAAGCUUUUGUUGUCAACAUUGGGGAUACCUUCAUGGCUUUAUCGAAUGGAAAGUACAAGAGUUGCCUACACAGGGCAGUGGUAAACAACAAAACACCGCGAAAAUCACUAGCAUUCUUUUUGUGCCCCAAAGGAGACAAAGUGAUUAGUCCACCAGAUGAACUGGUAGACGGCGAGUUAGGGCAGCCAAGGGUAUAUCCGGACUUUACAUGGCCACUUUUUCUAGAGUUUACACAAAAAUAUUAUCGGGCCGACAUGAAUACCCUAGAUUCAUUCACAAAGUGGCUCAAAAACAGAUCAAGUGAAGAAUUCAAUCGGCAACAUUGCAACAACAAGAGUGAGUAAGAGUGUAAGACCAUGCAAGACAUAAGGCACUUCGACUGUUCGACAUGAUAGCAUAUACCAAAAUGAGCAAACAAUAUAGUGCUACGUCUUAUGUUAUUUGGAUUUUCAUGGUCCUACAAAAAUCGAGAGAAUCAAGUUAAAAUGACCGAUAAAUUUAUCAAGAAAUCAAAAAGACCAGGCCACUACAUUUUAAGGAAUAAAGAGUUGAUUAAUUACAACUCAAACUUUUGAUUAUAUUAUUAUCUUUAUAAAGUUAUUAAUGUACCAUGUCUAAAGUCGUUUAUGUUGAUGCAUUGCAAUAACACGUGGUAUGACCACUCUUUAUUU